AUGACGGCCGUCACAAGCCCCCGGGCGCCAGGCGUGCCGCUCGCAAAAGACGCCCUCCCCGCGACGGCCCCCAUCACAGCCCGGCUCGCCGCAGACGUGGACGGCGCAGAAGCCUCCCGCGGCGGUCCUCUCGUCGCAGCAGCCGACUUGGCAGCAGUGCAUGGCGCAGUAUUCCGCCAAGCCGCCGUCUUGCAGAGGGCGCCGCGGGCGCGCGCACUCGUCUACCGAGCACCGCCUCUUACCAGGGCACUGGAUGUGGUGGCAGGCGGCGUCUCGGGGGUGAUCCUGCGCCGCCUCGGGGACGACGACACACGUGUGAGCGGUGCCGUGGCGGUUUGCGCACCCCUCGGUCUGGCAGCGAUGCGCGUGGCAGCGUCUAUGAUGCGGGACGUCAGUGUGUCUCUGGGCUAG